AUGGAAUCUCACCUUCGCCAGCUCCGUCGGCAGAUCCUCUUGCAUGCUUCCGCUCUGGCCCGCCUAGAUGUAGUUGGCUCUGAGUCCACCUUCUCGAGUCAGGCGGCAGGCCAUCUGGCGUCUGUCCUCGCUCUUUCUUCCUCUGAUUCUCCUCUUCUCUCCGAUGCCUCUCUUGUUCCAACGGGUCUUUCAAUGGUCUCCUCAGCUCAUACAGUCGCUGCAAACAGCACUUUUCACCCUAAUCUGAUCUCAUCCAUUCCCUCAAUCAAUGUCCCUGCGUCAUCAAUGAGCAAUCAAGGAAGUUCUGCCCUUCCCACUCCUCUUGCAUCCAGUGCCACUGACUUUGCCAAGUCACGAUACAUUCGAACCCCACUUCGCCAAUGCAUCUUUAUGCGUAAACCUAUGCCAUACCAUUCAUUUGCCUACGAUUUGCCUACUUCUUCAACGAUUCCACAAGCCGAUCUUAUACCUCGUCAGUCCAAUGCUGCAGCCAUCUGGCAGCAGGCACGCGACUUCCUUGGCCUAGCCGACCCUAGCAACGUUAUCGUUCUCAAACAGGAGUCACAGACUCACAAAUCGGUAAGAAGCUGA